UAGGCAAAUUAUUAAAUUAUGGCAAUAACCUAUUUACCGAUGAGAGUUUUGAAGAAUUGUUCAGAAACAUUGAUGGGUAUGUCCACCUGCUCGAUCCCACUCAAAUGCAUAAUUAGCUAAAAUAAUUAAGAAUAAAAUUAAUGUGUCUGAGUUGAGAGUGUGUCAGUAAUAAACUGUAAUGAUGUCAAAAUGACCUGUUGUGAUGUCAUCAUGCAAAUCAUACAACUAUGUCAAUUGUAUAAUUAGGCCCUUGUCAUUCAGUUUCCUCAUAUUCCCCCAUGGAUGCCCUUCCUUACAAAAGCAAAUAAGGAAGGGGCAGAAAGCUUCCUUUUGGACAGCAUGGAGAGCCUGAAGCCACCUUCUCACAAGUAUUUAUCUGGAAAUUACAACUCCAUUUUCAACCAGAAACCGAGCUCGCCACCCGCGCGCCCCCGCGGAACUCCGGUAGCGCUUCUGCAGGCGUAAAACUCAAGCUCUCGUUCAGAACAAAUGACAGUUGAUGACGCAAAGCCCACGAGCUACGCGCCGCUCACAAGAUCGCCGGCUCUCCUUCCUUCGGGUAACGGCCUUUUUCCUCAGAAGAAACAACAAGACACCCGAAGCGGCGCCUGGGUAAAGCGGAGUGCGGCCAGGGGGAGAUGCGGCGCCCAGGCAGUUGAACAGCUUUCGGAAAGCUUUGACCAUAAAAGGAAAGUGUAACUAGGGCCUUUGCCUAGAAGGCAGUUCCUCCUCCUCACAUGUUUUUCCCAGCUGGAGCUUCAGUCAAAUCCCUUCCGGAUGGCUGUUCGGAGCUAUCAAUUAACUCAGCUUUUGAUGUGCCAAGAAACGGUUCAUCUUCCACCGAGCUGACAUCUAGAGAGAUUGGGAACAAUUAACCUGCCUUUGAAGCUAUUGAAUAAUUUCAGAACAUUCUGCAGAUGAAGAUUAUAUAACCAACACAAUGAAUGCAACAAAACAAUUAAAACAAAAAACAAUUGACCGCUCAUCUCCGGGAACAAGGAAGAAAGGAGGAAAGUAUAGGAGAUACGAAGCUAACUCAAUGGUUUUAAUGCCUGCAAUUCCCAAAGAAACCAUUACACAGUAUUCUCUAGGUCUUACCUCAGGAAACAAAGAUAGAAUGUUUGAUGAAAUGGAUAUGCUUAGGAAUAUUACAACACAUCUAAAUGAGAUUGUACAUACAAUGGAAGGUGUCUACAUAAAGGAAGGUGAAGUUAAAGAAAGUAAAGAAGAGGAGGAGGAGGAGGAAGAAGAACUACCUGAAGAUUAUGAAGAUAUGACUUCUUUCCUGAUAUGUUGUUCACAACUUAGGACACAGUUGGAAAAUGCACUUCGUGAAGAAAAGCAAAUAUUAGAGUCAUUGCUUAAGUGGUUUGAAAAGGAGGUCCAUGAGAUGGAAGAGUUAGGUGAGGAAGAAAUUAUCCCAGACUGGCAAGUUCCUCUAGCAGAUAAAAGCAUAACAAAUAAUAUCAAUCAGUUACUGAAUCGCAUUCAAAGACUUGAAGAACUAAAAGGCCGUGUUCAAGAACUACCGAAACUUAUUCAGAUUUCUUUACCUAUAUCUAAACAGGAAAAGAAAAAAGCAGUAAGCCCAACACCUCCCACUCCAAAAGAUCCAAAAAAUAUAAUUGAAGAACUUGCUGCAAGACAUUUAACUGAAGAUGUGAUGAAUAUGGUACAGGUUUUCCAAGAAGAUACAGGACAACCACAAACAAUUGAGAUGAUGAACAAUCGCAUGAUAGAAAUAAUGAAAGUAUUUGAAAGACAAACAAACAAGUUACACAGAGUUGUAAAUGAACAGGAUGUGCUAGAAGGUAAAUUACAGAAAAUUCAGCAAGAAUUUCGAAAGCUAACAGAAGAAAAAGAAAUAAUGGAGGAUGAACUUCAAAAAAUGAAAACUUCAGAGCAAGAUAAAGGAAUACCAGAGACAAGAAAAAAAUUAAAACUGGAGAGGGUGAAAAUUGAAGAGAAACCACAAGUUCCUUCAGAAAAGGCUCAGGUAACACAGAAACUAGAGCCUGGUUUUGCAAAGGAAAAAGACCAUAUACAAAUGAAAGAAGAUUUAAAUAAAGCUCAGGAAGACAUUCAGUCCCUUCAGGAAGAGAACAGAAUGCUUGAGGAGAAGCUACAGAAAGCUUUACAGGAAGUUGAAAAGGCAAAGAUCCAACUUGCUGAAAUACCUCCAACUAUUCCAGACUGGCAGUUUCCUGUAUCAGCAGGUGUGGAAGAGGUACCAAAGAAAGGCAAGAAAACUUCAAAAGGGAAAGCUAAAGAUGAAAUGCUUCCACGAAAAAGUCAGGAACUUUCUAAACAAAAAGGAUCAGCUGGCGUUACAGAAAAGCUUUUAAAACAGGCUUCCCAACCUGAAGAUACUGAUAAAAAAAAGGAAGAAAAUAAGAAAAUAAAAUCUGAGAUGGUUGAUUCCAAAGAUGUGCCAAAACCCAAGGAUUCUUCUGAAAUGAAGAGCCGACGUCUGAAGGGCGCAGGGAAAGAUGUAUCUAUAGAAGAAAAGCAGGAAUUGCCUGAUUCUGCAAAAGAUGAGGAAAAAAUAUUGCCAAUGAUUUUAGAUAAACAUGUAGAAAUGCUUCCACCAGACUCAAAAAGCCUGAGAGAAGAAAUUACUAUAUCUCCUCAAGAACAUGUGCCAAGUGAUAAACAGAAAACUUUGCGAAUUUCUCCAGAAUUCAAAAUGAAGGACACAGCUGAAGUUAAGCCUUUAACAUUGGAAAAAGAAAUUCCAAGACUUGACAUAGACUCGGUAGGACUUCAAAGAGAGGAGGAAAGUCACCACUUGAUCAGUAAAAGCAUGCUUCAGUUAAAAGAUCAUUUGACUAAACUAAAGGGAAUGCCUGAAGCUGAAACUUUAGCGAAACUCUUGCUUGAGUCUGACAAAGGAAAAUUGCCAGAGAGACAAAAACUUGAGUUACUUCAAAUGCUAAAUCAACUGGUAACUCCGGAUGAAAUACAGCAAGCUGGUGAAAAAGAGGAAGAUGAAAAAAAAAGAACUUUGCUUGCAAAUAUAGUAUCGGUUAUUAGACUUUUAUUGCAAGAGCAGACUCCAAAAGCUGAUCUCUCAGAGAAAGAAAGAAAUGAUCUGGCAGAGGAAAGAACAGUUUUGCUUUCAAUCCUAGACUCACACUUAAAAGAUUAUCAUCAAGUUAGAAAACUUGAAAAUAUUGAAACAGAAAUUAGAAAGCUUUCAGAAGAAAGAAUCCAACUACGUGCAAAUGUGGAAUUAAAUAUGAAAGAUUUGGAACAAGCUCGGGUGCGUGCAUCUUCCCAGCCAUCAGAAAUUAAUGAGAACAGAGUAAAAGAACUGGAAAAACAAAGGGCACUGUUAGUUGAUAAUCUGGAAGCAAAUCAAAAAGAACUUGAAAGUGCUAGAUUCCUUGAAGAGAAGAAGAUUGAUAAACUGGCAAAACAGAGCCUAUCUUUGCUUGCAAUUUUGAAAUCAAAUGUAAAGGAGCUAGAAGAAGUUGAGGCUCUUGCAGCUACCGAACCAAGCAUUAUUACUGAUUUAAAAAUAAAAGAAUUAACUGAAUUAAGAAAUGAAGUGGCUGAACAUUUAGAACAAAAUCUGCAGAAUAUCGAAAGGGGAUGGUCUCAUGCUCCAGGACUUACAAUUGAAAGCAGACUUCAAGAAGAGGAAUUACAGGAAUUGCAUGAACUAUCUGAAUUGAAGCAACAGUUACUGGAAUCACUGGAAUCUAAUCAGAAAGCGCUACAAGAAAUUCAAGAACUUGCAGCUGCCCAGACUUGCAAUGUCAAUGAGCAUAUGUUACAGGAAUUAACUGAGCAAAGAAGCCAUUUGACCAUAGAACUAGAAGCAACACUAGAUGGCAUACAAGAUAUAUGUCAUCGACCUGCAGAAAGAACUACAUUUAUACAACCUUCUGAAAAAGAAUUGUAUGAUUUACAUAAACUAUCUGAAAAGAAGGGACAGUUACUUGAAACAUUGGAGUCUAACUGGAGAGAGCUAGAAGAAGUUCAGGAAUUUGCAGCUAUUCAACCCAGCGAUAUCACUGCACAUAAACUGCAGGAGUUAACUGAGCAAAGAAAACAGGUGACCACAGAACUGGAAGCAACUCUAGAUGGUAUUCAAAAUAUAUGUCAUCAGACUACAGAAAUCAGUACAUUUAUACCACCUUCUGAAAAGGAGGUACAUGAGUUGCAUGAACUGUCUGAGAGGAAGCAGCAGUUACUGGAAGCACUAGAAUCUAAUCAGAAAGAGCUACACGAAAUUCACGAGCUUGAGGCCACCCAACUAGAAAGCAUCAAUGAGUAUAAGCUGCAAGUAUUAACUGAACAAAAAAGAUUUUUGACUACGGAUUUGGAGGCAACCCUGGAUACUAUACAAGAUGUAUGUCGUCAUAGUUCAGAAAGAAUUACAUUUAUACAACCUUCUGAAAAAGAAUUACAUGAAUUGGAUGAAUUGGCUGGCAAAAAGCAUCAGUUACUGAAAACACUGGAAUCUAAUCAGAAAGAGCUGCAAAAAAUUCAGGAAUGUGCACCUAUUCAACCAGACAGUGUUAGUGAGCAUAAAUUGCAGGAAUUAAAUGAGCAAAGAAGAAAUUUAACCAUAGAGUUGGAGGCAACUCUAGAUGGUAUGCAGAAUGUAUGUUGUCGUGCUUCAGAAAAAAUUACAUUUAUAAAACCUACUGAAAAAGAAUUAAAUGAGUUGCAUGAAUUAUCUGAGAAGAAACAUCAGUUACUGGAAACACUGGGCUCUAAUCGAAAAGAACUACAAGAAAUUCAGGAACUUGUAGCUAUCCAACCAGGCAGGGUCAGUGAGCAUAAAUUGCAGGAAUUGACUGAACAAAGAAUACAUUUGACCUCAGAUCUGGAAGCAGCUGUAUUUGAUAUACAAAAUAUAUGUCGUCAUGCUUCAGAAAGGACUACACUUGUACAGUCUACUGAAAAAGAAUUACAAGAAUUGCAAGAACUAGCCAAGAAGAAAGAACAGUUAAUAGAAACACUGGAAUCUAAUCGGAAAGAGCUACAAAAAAUUCAAGAACUUGCAGCUACACAACCAGAUAGUAUAAAUGAAUAUAAACUGCAGGAAUUAACUGAGCAAAGAAGGCAUUUGGCCACUGACCUGGAGGCCACUUUAGAUGAUAUACAAAAUGUAUGUCACCGUUAUUCAGAAAGAACUACAUUUAUACGACCUUCUGAAAAAGAAUUACAUGAGUUGUUGAUGAAGGAGCAACAGUUACUGGAAAAGGUAGAAUCAAAUGAAAAAGAGCUACAGGAUGCCAAGGCUCUUGCAACUACCCAGCCAGGCAGCAUCAGUGAUUAUAAAGUACGGGAACUAACCAAGCAAAGAAGAUCUCUCAUUGCAAAUCUAGAGACAAUUAUGCAUGAAAUACAAACAGAAUUUACAUCUGAAGGUGUUUCUAUUGUGCAUCCUGAUGAAAGAGAAUUAUAUGAGUUAUCUGGAAAAAGAGAAGAAAUAUUGGCAAAGCUUGAAUCUGUUCAGAAAGAACUAGAUGAAGCUUCAGCUUCUGCAGCUGCGCAUCCUGGCAGUGUCAGUGAGCAUAUAUUACAUAAACUUUCUGAGGAAAAAAGACAUUUGAUUGAAGAACUAGGGCACACUACCAUUAAUCUACUAAAAGCAAAGAGUGUUGCUUCAGAAAGAGGUAUAAUUGGAAAAUCUAUUGAAAAGGAAUUACCAAUAAAUGACCUAUUAAUGAAGAAGAAAGAAUUGCAAGAAAAGUUGCAGUCCAAUGAGAAGAAAAUAGAGGAAGCUCAGAUUCUUGCAUCCAUCCAUCCAGGCAUUAUCAAUGAACAAGCACUUCAAGAAUUGGUUGAGGCAAAAAGACACCUGAUUACAGAUUUAAGAACAACUGUACAUGAUCUUCAGAAGGCUGAACAUGCUUUAGAAAUGGCUCAGACUGAACGAUCUAGUGAAAUAAUUCAAAAAAAGAGAUCACUGAAUCACCUACUUAAAAAAAGGGAGUUACUACAGAAACGUUUGGAUUCCAACUGGACAGAAUUAGAAGAAGUUCAGGCUCUUAUAGCUGCCAAACCCGGAUAUAUCAAUGAGUUUAAACUACAAGUACUAUCUGAUGAAAGAAGCAAUUUGUCUAAAGAGCUAAAGAAAGUUUUUCGUGAAAUAUUAGCAUUGCAGCAAGGUGCUUCGGAGAAAUUUCCAGAUAGACGUUAUGGAGAAAAAGAAUUAUAUACACUAUCGGAGAAGAAACAACUGUUAUUGGAAAAUUUAAAAAAGCUACAAGAAGCUCAGGCUCUUGCAGUGGCCCAUCCUGGCCAUAUGGAUGAACAUAAACAAAAGCAGCUAACUGAGCAAAGGAAACAUUUAACUGCAGAGUUAGAGACUAUAGUAAAGAAUAUUCGAAGAGUGGAACAUAGUACUUCAGAAAUACUUCUAGAUAUAAGAGCCAGCGAGAAAGAUCUACAUGACUUAUUAGAAAAGAAGUUUGAAAUAUUGGAAGAUUUGGCAUUCAAUCAAAAAGAGCUGCAGGAAGUUCAAGUUCUUGCAGCUGUCCACCCAGAUAGUACCAGUGAUUAUAAAUUGCAAGACCUUACUACAAAAAAUAGGCAUUUGACUGAAUGUCUAGAAGCAACUAUACAAGAUAUACAAGAAAUACACGAAAUACCAAAAAUCCCUUCAGAAACAAUUAUUGUUACAAGACCCAGUGAUGAAAAAUUAUAUGCACUAUCUGAGAAGAAAGAACACUUGCUAGAAAAUCUGGAAUCUAAGGAGAAAGAAUUAAAAGAAGCUGAAACUCUAGAAAUUAGUCAACCAGGCACUGUCAAUGCACAUAAACUACAAGAACUAAAUGAGCAAAGAAGACAUUUAAGUGUAGAACUAGAGGCAACUGUACACGAUAUACAAAAAAUAGAAGAUCGUGCUUCAGAAGAAACCUUAAUGAGAAGAUCUGAGGAAAUAAAACUGUAUAAAUUACGUGCAUGGAAGAAGCUUUUAUUAGAACAUUUGGAAUCAAAUCUGGAACUACAAGAAGAAAUCCAGACUAUGGAACCAGAUAAUACCACUGAAAAAAAGAUAGAGGAAUUACAUGAGCAAAGAAAGAUUUUAAUUGAAAACCUGGAAGCAGUUGUGGAAGAUAUAGAUGAUAUGAAAAGUUAUAUUUCAGAAACAGGAGGAAUUAUCAAAUAUGUUGAAAAAGAUUUGGAAACACUAAAUCAGAAGAAGCAAAUGUUUUUGGAAUGUUUGGAGAUAAAUUUAAACAACCUUCAAGAAGCACAGACUGUUGCAGUUGCUCGUGCAAGCAGAAGAAAUGAACAACAAAUAAUUGAUCUCACAAAUGAAAGAAAGCUUUUGAUUGCUGGUCUUGAAGCAGUUACUCAAGAUUUGCAAGACAUGCAGGACAAAGAAAAAGUUAAAAAAUCCAAAAAACAGCUUUUGGAAGACCUUUGUGAACAAAAAGAAUUGUUAUUAGAAAAGUUGUCAUCAAAUCUGAAAGACUUGAAGCAAGCACAGGCUCUUGCAGCUGCUCAACCAGGGAGUAUUAAUGAGCAAAAGAUACAAGAAUUCAAUGAACAAAGAAGGCUAUUGUCUGUAGGUUUAGAGGGAAUUGUACAAAAUAUUCAAAUUAUACAGAAUCUUAAAUCAAGUAGAACUGAGCUAUUAACACCUGGUGAAAUACAAGGAUUAUAUGAGAAGAGAAGGUUGUAUUUGGACAAUAUGGAAUUAAAUCUGAAAGAUUUGAAAGUUUUGCAGGCCGCUGCAGUUACUCAACCAGAUAAUGAACAGAUAAUUCAACAAUUAGCUGAGAAAAAAAUAAUAUUGUUUGACAAUCUGGAAGGAAUUAUUCAAGAUGUGGAACAAGAACAAAACUUUGAUUUAGAAAAAGGUUUGACAAAAAGAUCUGAUGAGAGAGAAAUACAUGAGCUGCUAGUGUUUUCAGCAUUAGAAUCAAAAUGUUAUGAACUGGAAGAAAUGGGAACUCUUCCAUAUAAUCAGCUGAAUGUUAUCAAAAGGAAAGUGCACAAACUAAAAGAACAAAGAAAGAGUUCAUUUGACAGACGUCAUUUACUUUAUCCCAAAGAGCAGCCAAUAGAAAAUAUUCUUGAGAAGCAAAAAGAAGCACUAAAAGAAUUUCUACAACAAAGAAAACAUCUGUUUUCAUAUCUACGAUCAAGUAUUGAAAAUCUGCAACAAAAAAGCAUUGUUUGGCAAGAUAUGUCUGAUGAGAACAUAGCAAAACAAAGAUGUUUGGCUGCAAAACUAGAAGCAAAUAUGAGAGAUAUACAAGCUGCUUUUGAAAAAACACAGAAAAUGGAAAAGUCCAGAGAUGUUGAAUCAAGGCAACAAUUUCAACCUCUAAUUAGUCAGAAGACUACUGUAACUCAACCGUCAUAUCACCAAUUAUUGAUGACUAAAGUUUCAUCUCUACAAAUAACCAAAGCUCCUAUGAUUAGAAAUAUCAGAUAUGAAGAGACAAGCCUAGAUAGUACAAAAUCAGAGGAAAGACCCACCACUUCUCCCCUAGAGCAGCGGGGCAGAAUUCUAGGGAGGGAAGUAGAUAUGUCAAGUAGAAGCAAACUUAUCCCACAGUCUUUGAAUAACAUAUCUAGUCUUUUUCCAUUUGAUAUCAGCAAGUUUUCUGCCGAUAUUGCAUUGCACGAAUUACUAGAAUAUAACAGGACUCUGCUUCCAGGCCAUAAAGCAAAUCUGCGGCAUGCAUGGCAACUUGCACAGCGAAAGAUACUACAACAACAAGCUAUUCUUGCUGAAAAGUUCAGAGGCUUGUCAGUGUUUUUGCCCCAACCAGGUGGCACUACUAGGUUCCAAGAUUAUUCUGUCCAUCCUUCAAGACCUGCAUGGGAAGCAAACCAGUUAAGCCAAAAGAGCUACCCCCAAAAGCUGUCUUUGUUAAAGAGAAGACUGUUGGGACCAGAAAUAAAAAACAAUAUAAAAGGGGCCACUUAUUCUUCAGCCUUUCAAGGACUAACCAAUCAAGUUCAAGAUGUAGAUUCAUUCAUUAUUUGCGGAAAGGGAUGCAGUCCUCCGAGAAAAGAUGGACCUUCUCCGGUUAUAGGGCAAAAUUCAAGAAGCCACUGAUCUAACUUUGAUUUUUUGGAUAAAUUCAUUAUGCAGCAACCUAGUAACUUUCAACUUUAUAACUGUGAUAAGAAAAAAUUAAGGCAUUCAUGUAUGAAUCUCUUUUGAGACCUGUGAAAACUGUAAUUUGCAGUGUAAUGGCAGUUAAAAUAUACAUAAGCUGAACUAACAAAUCUCAAGAGUAAUGCCUUUUACUGCAUUUGAUAAAAGUACAUUUAUGCCUC